AAAGUGUGCAUCAGACGGACUGCCCCUUUCCAGAACAAGCCUCGUCUGAAAAGUUGAUUGGGGAGGACUGUACGGGACUAAAAUGCAGUAAAACGACACUUUUGGCCGCUUUUAGGCUUUACGAGGGCGGAGAGAGUGCGAGCGCGUAUUUUUGGACGUGUUUGUCAAAUGAAACGAUUGAGAAACACCAAUGGAAACGCUACAUCCAAACCAAAUGCCUCCGUAGGUCUGUCACAGAGCCAGAGCUAUACGUUUCUGUUGGCGUGCUGAGGAGCGUGUUUCAGAGCCCGCGAUGUGGAUGUGCUUGGUUUACAAUGAGACAGACUCCAGUGUGGACCAGCAGCUGUGCCAGGACCUCGGCCUCCUCCUCUCCAUUCUCUCCCUCUUCUACCUCCUGGUGUGCUUCCCCCUGGGGCUGUGCUACAAUGUGCUGCUGGUAGUGGUGAACCUGUCCAAUAAGGUCUCCAUGACGAUGCCGGAUGUUUACUUCGUCAACAUGGCCAUCGCAGGGCUGGUGCUCAACGUGGUCUCUCCAGUGGAGCUGCUGAGCUCCAGCUUCAGUCGCUGGUUUGUUUGGGACUUCAAUAACGAGGUGUACAUCACUCUACUGAUCCUGUUCAACAUCUCCUCACUGGUCAUCAUGUACUCAACCACACUGCUCAGUCUGGACUACUACAUAGAGCGGGCGCUGCCUCGGACAUACAUGUCCAGUGUCUACAACACGAAACACGUGUGUGGAUUCAUUUGGGGCGGGGCUGUGCUCACCAGCUUCUCCUCUCUGCUCUUCUACGUCUGCAACCAUGUCUCCACCAAGAUGAUCGAGUGCUCCAAAAUGCAGAACAAGGAGGCAGCGGAUGCUAUCAUGAUGUUUAUUGGUUACGUGGUCCCAGCUGUGGCAGUGCUUUAUGCUUUUGUGCUCAUUUUACGGAUUCGUAAAGAGUCCACUCCUCUGGACCAGGACUCUGCUCGUCUGGACCCUUCUAUCCACAGACUGCUGCUGGCCUCUGUGUGUGUGCAGUUUGUGCUGUGGACCCCGUACUACAUGACUCUCUUAGUGCACACUAUAGCAGGAAGCCCAGGCUCCUUCAGUAACAGACACAACUAUCCCACCUAUCACUUCCUCAGAUGUGUGGCCAAGCUGCUGGCCUUCUCCAGCAGUUUUGCCAUGCCUCUCAUGUACCGACAAAUGAAUAAAAACUUCUCCAACAAGCUCCAGAGGCUGCUGCGGAGACUGCACUGCUCCGACCAGUCAUGUCCACAUGAACGCUCUGCGGUGCAGCAGGUGGUGACGUGAGCUCACCCACUGGGAGACCCUCUGACCCCAGCAGCACUUAUCUUUGCUCCAGAGCCGCAGUCCAUUGGACCCCUGCCAGCCUGUAGAGCCCAGCUCUGGGCUGUGUUACAGCGACAGCGACUGUGGAAUUUCCUGUCACCUUUAAGAGCUCCAUGUGAUCAGUGCAGCUCUGAGGACACAAGCUAAACCACUAAGUGCUAUUAUGUUUGUUACCAACUAAAGCUAAACACACUAGGGCUCUAGUUUGAGGGCAUUAGGUACAAACCGCAGCUAACCAUGAAGGAACAUGCUUUUAACCAGGACUCCCUAUCAGAGUAUCAGCUUACUGGUGAAGGCAUGUCUAAUGUAUACCAUUUAGGUUUGCAUGUUUACUAGAGCAUGGCCACCAGGCACUGUUGCAACUACAGGAUUAUUAUGAAUACUUGAAGAAUGAAGUUCAUAAUCGCAUAAAUAAAUAUAAAAAGUAAAUUUCAUAUGCUUGAUUUUUAAAUCAUUUGAGAAAAAGUCCCCUCAAACUAGAUACCUGUAUCACUUGAAUAAACAUUUUGGUGUAUUCAUGUUUUGAUGAUAACCUGUGUUUAAAUUAAUACAUUGACAGUGAGGUUCUAUUUUAAUGGCCUUUUUUAAUUUGUAAAUUAUGGUAGCUCACCAUCACUCAUGAACAUUCAACAAUAUUUUCAGUCAGGUUUUCAGCUAUAACUGCUAUACCUCUUAUGGUUUCUGCUGAUAUUACAUGUAUUUAAGCUUUUCAGCCAUAGUCAUUGCUUUUAACUGUGGUGUGGAGUCUAUGCUGUGAGAAGAAGAGACACGUUGUACAUUCCCCACAUAGUAAAAGUGUUUGGGAAGGUUUUGUCCAGUGGAAAUAUGUCAACCAGCUCAGACACUGUCACAGAGCUUCACUCAAAUAUGAGAGGAUUGCCUUUCAAGUUCCCACCAAAACAUAGUAAUACUGCACGCUUGUGUAAUGGCUGAAUUAGAGACUCCUUCUCCAGAUUGUUGUCAUUAAAGGGCCCAUAUUAUGCUGAUCUAUGUUACAAUGUUGUUCUCUCAUCACCAACAUACAUGGAGUUUUUGCAUGGAGUGUUUUCUUUCAUUCUCACAUUUAACAUACAAAUCCUGCAUAUUUAGGCUGAGUUUAUUUCUUAAACCGAAAACACUGGUGGUAAUACAGGGUGGUAGUGCAAUUCUCUGUGUUUUUAAACUCUAUACACCUUCAUCAGAAACCUUUGAAUAAUUUCAACCCAGAAAUUGCCCAUCUCUGCUGAAGUAAUGGUGAAAGAUGGCACCUAAUUUGAAAACAUGACUUCACGAUAUCACAAAGUGGAACAGCAUUUUGAGCUGUGGAAAUGUAUACAGACUAAUAGUGAAGGGUUACCCCGACACAUGUGAAUGAAACAAAACACCUCCACAUGUUUUGAGGAGGUAACAUUAUAACAUGACUUAAAGCACACAUUUUACAUAAGAAAAAGAAGUGUAACUUGAACUAUGCAUGUUUCUUGGGAUUGGCUGUCUCAUUUACAUUUAAAGCUUUAGCCCAGUUUAUUUUGUCUGUAUCAAUUUAAUACAUUUUUAACAGUGACCCCUUUGUAUUUUUGUUUAAACAUCUGUCAUAUCCUACUGUAUUUGCUGCUCCAGAAAUCAGUGCAUUUGAGGCAGUUAAUCAUUACUUGGUGCCAGCUCAAAGUCCUGGUAUUUGUUUAGGAUUUGAAUGCAAACAGUGGCAGCGGGUCAAACAUUAGAUGAGGGAAAUGACGCUAUUUGAUCAUAUAAGCUGAAAAUCCCACUUCAAAUAUCUCUCGUAUCACUCUAUAUAGCCACCAGUAAAGUAUGCGGCUAAAAUGGUAAAAGUGCAUUCAUGUCAGUUCAGAAUAUUGUUAAAAAAUUGGUUUAUUUCAGGCAUUUAUUGUAACAUUUAAUAAAUUAUUCUUUGCAUUUUUAAAUCUUGAUCCUUGCUAAAAAUUCAAAAUGCAUUCUUCAUACUGAACUAAAUUACUGAAAUACCCCAUGAUUUUUAUGGAAAUGUUUAUGCAUGAAAUUAUAAUAUUAGUACAUACAACACAAAUUUGAAGGACAAUCACUUAAAACUAUGCUAGUGUCUUUAUAACCAAGUGGAAUAUCUCUAAGGUCUAAAGUACACCGAAACUUCCCUUUUAACCUUCUCAGAGUUGUCCAUCUUUUAUAAUUAAUUUUUUGGCUGCAGUAAUUAAAAGCUUCUCCCACAAAUGAACUGCACGAUAUCCAUGACUUACUAAUGAAGCCAGAUGAAGAAACUUGUACCAAAAACAGCUCGUGUUACUGUCCGUGAAUAGAAUGGUCUUUUCCAUGGGGCCCUACAUCCUUCGCCUCUAAGUGGGUUGAUAAUGACGAUGAAAUACUGUAAAACUUCCCAGACGCAAGCUAUUAUUCGAAAACCUCAAGAAUCAGACGCACCUUCAGAUGUGAUGGCUGGGUGCAUGUGUGUAAAAUACAAAGUAAUGUGUAUAUAUUGUAUGUGAAUAAUGGUCCUACAGAGGCCAAGCUCUUUCAAAAAGUACAGUGUUAUUUCAUGAGAGAUAUAUUUAGAUUCUGUAAGUAAUCAACUGUCACGUGAGUCAAAGACUGAAUAAACAAUAAACUAACGUGAAAAUCAA